UAAGAAUUUGAAUAAAUCCAUCAACGCCAAGCAACCGAAAAGCUAGCUUACCGUAGAUAGUAUUGAUUAAAUUAAGCAAAGCGAUGCUUCUACCUUUCUUGGAAGCGAAUAUCCACCAUGAACCAUGAUCGCUCCCCAAAAAAGAUGUUGAGGGAAGGCGCAUUAUUAAUUUAGUACAAGAAGAAAAGCCAUGCUGAGAGAAGGUGCUGAAAGGUGGUCAUCUUUUUCUUUCCCUUUUUUGGAACGAACUGUAAGAUUCCGGGCUCGCAAUCAUGUGCUACGGCGCUUGACGACAAGCCCCUAAAAUCCAUCUCAAAAUCCCAAAUUCUCUCUCAAAGUUUAGGAAAAUAAGCAAGUACUACUCCAUGCUAUUAAACACUCAUCCCAAUAAACUCUACGUCACUCUCCCUUUUGAAGUGUUCCCUUCAGCCGUCCAUUUUUCACAUAUGCCUUGUACCCCAAAACCUUCCAACCAACCAAUAACCCUGACCAAGCAAGCCUUUAGUACCCUCUUGAAGUCAUGUUCUUCAAGCCAAAACCAGCUCAAACAACUCCAUGCACUUCUCCUUACCACAGGCCUAUCGAUCAAGAACAGCCUUAUUACCCAUCUUCUCAUCAAUCUUACGCUCUUGGGUGAUAUGUCAUAUGCUCGUCAACUAUUCGAUGAAAUGCACAAGCCGCGAAUAUUCUUAUGGAACACCCUCAUUAAAGGAUACGUGAAAAAUGAGCUUCCCAUGGAAGCAUCUUCAAUUUAUAGGCAAAUGCACGUUCUUGGUGUUCGUCCUGAUCCCUUUACGUAUCCAUUUGUGGUCAAGGCAUGUGCCAAACUGCCUGAACUGUGGACUGGUGGGGCAGUCCAUGUCCAUGUGAUGAAAUAUGGAUUGGAGUUUGUUUCUAUGGUGAGGACUGAGCUGAUGAUAAUGUAUAUGAAAUUCGGGGAGCUGGGUAGUGCAGAUUUUUUGUUUCAGAGUGUGGUAGAGAGGGAUCUAGUGGCGUGGAAUGCUUUAAUUGCAGCCUGUGUGCAAAAUGGACAUGCUAGUAAAGCUCUUGGGUUGUUUCGCCGAAUGGGUGUCGCUGGAAUUAAGCCUGAUGCAGUUACAUUUGUGAGUGCUCUUUCAGCUUGUGGUCAAUUAGGUUGUUUAGAGAUUGGGGAGGAAAUUUAUGAAGCGGCCAGAAAUGAAGGGAUUGAUUGCAAUAUCAUUGUUGAAAAUGCACGGCUUGACAUGUAUGUGAAAUGUGGUAGCAUUGACAUGGCAAGGGCCUUGUUUAUAAACAUGCCUCAAAAGAGUGUCAUUUCUUGGAGUACUAUGAUUUUGGGUUAUGCCAUCAAUGGGGAGAGUGAAAAGGCACUGGCUUUGUUCUCUGGGAUGCAGAAUGAGGGAUUCCUACCAAACCAUGUUACCUAUUUAGGGGUUCUAUCUGCUUGUAGCCAUGCUGGGCUAGUAAAUGAAGGCUGGGUAUAUUUUGGGCGUAUGGCUCGAUCAAGUGAGAAGAAUUUUCAACCAAGAAAAGAGCACUAUGCUUGUAUGGUUGACCUUCUUGGUCGGUCAGGGCAUCUUGAGAAGGCGUAUAACUUCAUUAAAAGUAUGCCCAUAGAGCCAGAUGCAGGAGUCUGGGGGGCUUUAUUGGGUGCCUGUGCAAUCCAUCAUGAUGUCAAAUUAGGGCAGCAUGUAGCAGACUUGCUCUUUGAAGUAGCUGCUGACAGUGCUUCAUAUCACGUUUUAAUGUCUAACAUGUAUGCAGCUGCUGGGAGGUGGGAAUGUGUCGACAAGGUGAGACAGAGAAUGCGAAAGAAAGGCAUUAAAAAGGUAGCUGGUUAUAGUGCAGUUGAAUUCAAUAGCGAUUUUCAUGUUUUUUACGGGGGAGAUAGAUCGCAUGGACAGUCAGCCUUAAUAUACGAGAAGUUAGGGGAUUUAUUUGAACAGAUAAAGAGUAUGGGCUACAUUCCCAAAACUGGUUCUGUGUUCCAUGAUGUAGAAACAGAGGAAAAGGAAGUCACAGUCAGGACUCAUAGUGAAAAACUUGCUAUUGCAUUUGGUCUCAUCAAUAUUCGGCCUGGAUAUCCCAUCAGGGUGAUGAAGAAUUUGAGAACUUGCGCUGACUGCCAUACUUUUUCCAAGUUCGUCUCCAAAGUCACAAUGAGGGAGAUUAUUCUGAGAGAUAAGAUUCGUUUUCAUCAUUUUAGAAAUGGGGUUUGUUCAUGCAAAGACUUUUGGUGAUUGCAUAAGUGGUUGGUUGGAGAGGAUCACACGUCAGCUCAUAUUAUGUAGAUUAGAUGUGGCUUAACUUCCCCCCCAUCUUCGAAACUGACCAACUUUGAGGUAAGCUAGACAAACAAUCCAACUAUUUUCUCCCAGUAAAUGGAGGCAUCUUUAGCGCAUUGAAAAUUAUCCAUGACCGCCUCAACAUCGGCUACGAAAAAAAUAUGUUGGGAUGCUCUUUUACUCGAACCCGCAAAUACUGAGCAUAGACCCAUCUGGCAUGCACGAAACCAAAGCUAUCCACAACCAGGUUAUAUGUGAUGCCAUUAGUCUCUCUUCACAAGUAACAAAAUUAAGCACAGAACAUGUCAGGGUGUAGGAAAUCAAGAUUUUGGUGCUGCUGACCACCAGCCCUUUAAAUGGAGAGGCAAAAGCUGCUCAACCGGCUGCUUCUGGCACUUGUAAGUUAAACCAGAAAGCAGUAAUUCUAGAGAAAGCAACCGUUCACGAAUCACGACUGCAGUCGGCCAAAGAUUAACUCACAAGUACAAAGUGCCCACACAACCAGAUCGCACAUAAGCACAAUGUCAAGGCAAAGCAGAAAAUAAAUUAUAACCUCACACAAAUAAUUGGAAUGCAGUUCUUUUACUAUUUGCAUGCAAAUGUCUGUUCAUAUAUACUUCAAUUACAUAAAUGCUAGUAUUUGUUGUCAAUGGAGCACAUUCCUUCCAUCCAA